AUGUCUACUUCCCGAUCCUUUCAUUACUUUGAGAAGUUGCCUUCGGAGAUCCGUCGCGAGAUCUACGAGGCAAGUGAGCAGGAGGCUUUGACUCAGCUCAUGUGGACAAAUAACAAGAUCCGGAACGAAGUUCUCGACCAUCUUUAUCGAGAUGUCUCUCUUAUUGGGUUGCCAAUGGAACUCAACCGGCUGUUGAGAAAGAGACUCGUAGCACCACAAGCCGUAGGAAAGCUACGGUCAAUUCCAUCAGCAUACAGAGUCCUUACCAUCGUCAUCGUCCGCUCUUUACCAGUUGGUUGGGAGAUUUUUGGCUCCAAUUGGAGAGUUCAGGGGUGCCCCAGCCUCGUGUCCAACAUGAUUGCGGUUCUUAUCGACGGCGAUUUCCUGAGAGUUCUCAACUUGGACCUUCUCGGACUAGACACUGAGGACUUGGAAAGACUUAGGCGCUAUGUCACCCCUCAGUUCCUUCCAAGAACAAUAAAGUCACUACGCAUACACGGCUAUGACGAGUCGAUAUCCCUGAUCAUGGAGGGGCUCCACGCGCGCCAACUAGAGAGCCUAGCCCUACUCGGCUUAAGCAGCAACUCAAUGCUGACAUUUCUCCUCGAGAACCAGAAACCCAGAGAAUUCGAGCUGGGGAGAACCGGGCAAACAGGAGUCUUGACGGACCUGCAUUUAGCGUGUCUCUCCACAAAGUUCUGCCUCGCUAAAAGCCUUUCUCUAACCCUCCCGACCAACCGGAACGACCAGCUUGCUAAGGCGUUGGGUGACAACCUCACACAUUUGACAUAUCUCUCUAUCGUGAGCCGAGGGUCUCCUGGCGACCCAGGCAUCCAGCAGCUGGUUGAUACAUUCUUCAGCGAAAUCCAGAAGCUCAGAUUUCUCGUCUUGAAGCUUGAUUUCCCUGCCGCCGUCAUUGCGCAACGGGUGUCUGCAGACGAUGUCGAUGCGGAUAUCCGCAUUAAAACCGUCGAGAAUUCAGACAGGAUCGCCUGGCCAAUGCUCGCGAGAUUGAAGGGGGAGUAUCCGGGCAAACAAGAAUAA